UUCAGUAUGAUGUCAAUCUAAUGGAUAGAUAUAUAAACAUCAUUUCCGGACUUCUAGAUGUUGUUGAGAAGUAUGCAAAUGGAAAUGCAAUUCUGCUAAGCAAGCUUACAAGUGAAAUGAAGUUGUUUAGGAAUGCAGAACAUGACUUUGGUAGAGUGUCUGCGAAAAAUGAUCGCACCCUUUUACCUCCAGAUGAAUGGUGGGUGUUGUAUGGAACUUGUGCUCCAAAUCUCCAAAAGCUAGCUAUACGAGUUUUAAGUCAAACUUGUAGUUCUUCAGGAUGCGAGAGGAAUUGGAGUAUUUUUGAGCACAUCCACUCUAAGAAGAGAAAUCGAUUGGAGCAUCACAGACUUAAUGACCUAGUUUAUGUCCACUAUAAUCUGAAAUUAAAACAAAAAAAUUAUUCGAAAGGACGGAAUUAUGAUCCAAUUAAUUUUGAGGCAUUUUCUGACACUGAAAAUUGGAUAGUAAAAGAUGAUCCAUCAUCUUUAACAACUGAAGAAGUAGAGAUCUUUCAUCGUGAUUUAUCAACCAUGACUAUUCAAGAUACUUUAAAUGAAGAUUUGAUAAAUAUUAAUGAGAUUGAAGAUGACUGUGAUGAUGAAGAUACACAAGAGCAUGAUGAUGUUUCAAUAGGCAUUAAUGAGGUUGGCUCAAUUCCAUUGGUAUUUGAUUCAAAUUUUGCUCCUAUGGACACUGAAGAACUCAAUGCCUAUAUUCAACCAAAGUAAAAAUGUUGUGUAGAAAAAGUGUGGUUAUUCC